UAAAGUAAUGCCUGGUGGAAAGGUAGCUUCUGAUGGUUUUGUUAUUUGGGGUCAGAGUUAUGUCAAUGAGAGCAUGAUAACCGGGGAAUCACGACCUGUUGGAAAGAGGAAGGGAGAUACUGUGAUUGGUGGGACUGUGAAUGAAAAUGGUGUGUUGCAUGUACAGGCAACUCAUGUUGGAUCAGAGAGUGCUCUAUCGCAGAUUGUUCGUCUUGUUGAAUCAGCACAAAUGGCCAAAGCACCUGUGCAGAAGUUUGCUGAUCGCAUUUCCAAGUAUUUUGUGCCUCUUGUUAUCAUUCUUGCAUUCUUUACGUGGGUUGCAUGGUUUUUAGCGGGAAAGUUCAGUAGCUACCCGAAGUCUUGGAUACCAUCCUCCAUGGACAGCUUUGAACUUGCUCUACAAUUUGGCAUAUCAGUUAUGGUCAUAGCCUGCCCAUGUGCCCUUGGCCUGGCAACUCCAACAGCUGUUAUGGUUGGAACUGGAGUUGGUGCUUCUCAAGGUGUGCUGAUUAAAGGGGGACAAGCACUGGAGAGUGCACAUAAGGUCGAUUGUGUUGUUUUUGACAAGACAGGCACUCUUACCACUGGAAAGCCUGUUGUUGUAAGCACAAGGUUGUUGAAGCAUAUGUUGUUACGUGAUUUCUAUGAAUGUGUUGCUGCGGCUGAGGUCAACAGUGAGCACCCGCUGGCAAAGGCCAUCGUUCAGUACGCCAAAAUGAUUAGAGAAGAAGAAAACCAUGUGUGGCCUGAAGCACAAGACUUCAUUUCUGUAACAGGCCAUGGUGUCAAAGCAACGGUUAGAAACAAAGAAAUAGUUGUUGGCAACAAAAGCUUGAUGGUGGAAUCAGGCAUCCAUGUCCCUGUUGCAGCCCUUGACAUUCUAGCUGAAGCUGAGGAAAUGGCACAAACCGGAAUAAUGGUUUCAAUGGAUGGAGAACUUGUUGGAACAAUAGCGAUUUCUGAUCCACUGAAGCCCAAUGCCCAAGAUGUAAUAUCUCUUCUUAGGUCCAUGGAAGUGAAGAGCAUUAUGGUAACAGGGGAUAACUGGGGUACUGCAAAUGCGAUCGCCAAAGAAGUUGGGAUUGAUACUGUUGUUGCUGAAGCAAAACCAGAACAAAAAGCACAGAAAGUAAAGGAACUACAGAUGUCUGGCUUGACAGUGGCCAUGGUUGGUGAUGGAAUCAAUGACUCACCGGCGCUUGUUUCUGCUGAUGUUGGAAUGGCCAUAGGCACUGGUACUGAUAUUGCCGUUGAAGCUGCUGACAUAGUUCUCAUGAAGAGUAACUUGGAGGAUGUAAUAACUGCAAUCGAUCUCUCGAGGAAAACUUUUUUCCGUAUCCACAUGAACUACAUCUGGGCUCUUGGUUACAACAUCAUGGGCAUACCUAUUGCUGCUGGGGUUCUUUUCCCAUCUGCCAGAUUCCGGUUGCCACCAUGGGUUGCUGGUGCUGCAAUGGCUGCUUCGUCGGUGAGUGUUGUUUGUUGCUCUCUCUUGCUAAAGAACUACAAAAGGCCCAAGAAGUUGGACACUCUCAGGGAGAUCUUGGUUGAAUGAGUCUAUGCCACCAAAAUGAUGGCAAUAGACUUAUAGCAUGGAAUAGGCUACUCACUAUUCCUUUUAGUUACCGCUUUGUCCUUGUACAUUAUAAACACUUUGGGUCUAUUUGGUUGGGGUGUGUUAGAUUAUCUUGAUUUUUAAAAAUCAUUUAUCUGAAAAAAUAAUUAUGAAGAAAAAUAAUUUUCACUACAUUUAGUUGGUGAAAAA